UGAGAUCCUGAGUACCUGGACUCGACGACCCCCUUCAAGUUGGCGCUGGAGCCUCUCCUUCCUUUCCUUCAACCUUUUUGCCGCCACGCUCGACGAAGAAUCGCUCUCUGAAUACGCCUGUAUACGCCUCGCUGCCGGCGACGACGACAACGCUUGACGACCUUUUGCCUCAUUUCACCAGUUCAGCAUAUUCCCACUGGCGCACUGUAGAUACAAGGCUUUGCCUCCGAUGUCAGAGCAACCUAGGUUUCCCAAGCCGCGUCUUACUUUCCAUGUCGUUAAUCCCGGCUCUGAGUCGGAGAGCAGUGACGACGAUAGGCCAACUAAUGCCAAUCCCUACCAUCGUCGCGCGCCUCUUCCCAGUGUGCCCAAGUCUCCUCCACCGGCUCCUUCUCCUUUGACGACGAACAUGGCACCUCGUAUUCCUCGCUCUCAUGCCUCUCACCAGUCUCUUUCAUCGCCAUCCAGUACCAGUUCUCCAGCCGCCGACGAGUCGACCCCACCCCCAAGCACCCCAGGCGUCCUAAUACCUCCUGUGGAUCUUUCUACCGAUUUUUUACCUCAGCAAGACCCCGCUAUCGCAUCUUAUAAUAAUGACCGAAGUGUGCGGAACGACAUACACAUCUCUACUUCCCGUAACGUCACCGGCAAGAUCUUUCAGCAGCUCAAGUCACCUUUUCAACACAGAUCUCUCCAUCCUCGACCUCAGCCUGUACCGCCUGUCCCACCACCAAUCAAUACGUCGCCUACUGUUUCUACUCCCGACUCUUAUACUUCAGCUUCUAGCCACGGCUCUACCACUACAGUCUCCGACAAAGUGUCUAUUCUUGCUACGGCAGAUUCAGACACCUAUGUCAACGUUGAUAUAAGUGGGGUACAGAGUGCAGCAGUCAUUCGAGAGUGUGUCUUCUCCAAGGUUUACAUAUUGACGACGAUGAACAGUCUCGCUUUUCUAUCUAUCGCACCGAAAUAGGCGCCUUUGCUAUUGGUGACGCGCUGACAGACGAAAAGUUGUUUGAACUAUGCCGGGAGUUCGGAGACUCCAAAGGGACUCUGAAGCUGCUUGUCUCUCAUUCAUCUGCGCCUGUGCAUGAAGCUGCACCUUCUUUGCCGAGCUCACUCUCUCCUAGUGUCA